AUGAUUGGUGUUCUAGUUAGUGAAGUAGAUGCACGGUUUAGGUCAUUGGAACUAAAUCCAUUGUAUGCCGAAUCUACAAUAUUGGACCCAAGGUUUAAAAAUUAUGGAUUCUUGCAUCAGUAUGCAUUUAGUGAAGGUAAAAAGUCCUUAAUUAGCAAAGCUGCAACAGUUAAUAUUGUAAGUAAUACUCAAGAAGUCACUGUAUUGCCAAAUCAGACUGACGAUGAUUCCAUAUGGAAUGAUUUUGACAGUGAAGUGGGUUCAAUAGUUCAAUCUUCCAAUCCUACAGCAGCAUUUAUCGUUGAAAUCGAUAAAUAUCUGCAUGAACCACUUCUGUCACGGAGAGAAGAUCCCCUGCUUUGGUGGAAACUAAAUCAGUAUGUGUACCCAAGACUUUUCAAAUUUGUUAAAAAAAGGUUUUGUAUCAUGGGUACAUCUGUACCAUGUGAGCGGAUUUUUUCCAAAGCUGGACAGACAAUCACAAAAAAAAGAAGUAGGCUAACAUGUUCAAAGUUUGAACAAAUGAUUUUUCUUAAUUUUAAUUUAGAAUAA